GCGUCGGCGCCGCAGUCUCCCGCCGUCGGCCACGUCGUUGAGAGGUCCUGUCGCGCCUCUGACGCUUCCCGCCCGCGCGCACGCUGUCCAGAGCGCCCGUGCCAUUCCGGAGGCGCUGCGGUGUCCGUUUGAGUGCCAACAGUGCCAAGUGCGCGUGCAGUGAAAAGUUAACAGGAUCUUCGCCGACAGUGAGGCAAAGUGCGGGGGAUUAGUGAUACACAACGAAGGGAUUGGCGGCCGCUGGACUCGGGACCAUGAGACUCCGAACUUAUGCAUCGGCGGCGCUGGCGGUGGCUCUCAUCUGGGCGAGCGCGAGGUCCGUGCGAGGGGCGGCCGAGGCGGAGGCCGACCCGGAUCCAGGGAGGAACAGGAGACAGCUGUCCGCCGUCAACAGCAUGUUACGACACAUGGGACACUCUUUCCAAAAUGGCUGGUACACUCUGGGCAAGACGCUGGACAGGCAUGUGGUGCCCCACGUGCGUUAUGCCGCCGAGCGAAUCACCGAAGACGUGGCUCCGUCCAUAGGGCAUGCGCUCAUGCGAGCCGGAAACCAGGUGGCCCUGCGCACCGCCGAGGGCCUGCAGGCUGGCGCGCAGGUCAUUAAGACGAAGAUCGUGCCCGCCAUCGAGGAGCGGCUGGUGCAGGCCAGCAACGCGGCCGUGCCCGUCAUCAACCACGGCCUGGACGUGCUCGAGGCCACCAUCCAGAAGAGCGCCGACGCCGUGUCCAAGUCCACGGCGAAGGGCAUCGACCGCCUCAGCUCCAAGGUCCUGGGCGAGCAGCGGCACACGCGCGUCAAGACGAUCGCCAAUAACAUCCACGGGGGCAUUAACAACGGCCUGAACAGUUUAGCGGGUGCCAUUAACAACCUCAACUCACGCAAUACUAACAGCGACGCCUUUACUGACCAAGACUACCACGAUUACGUGCUUUCCCAAUACACGAGCGAUUCCUCCCGAGGCCCUCAGUACGUGCCGGAGUACCCGGACGCACACUACCCCCCGGACUACCCCACAGACUACUCGCAAUACUCAUACCAACUACAGACUCCGCCCCAGACAGUGGGCGGCGCCCUCUCCCAGGUCGUGACCAACGGCGCCUACACCCUCUCUAGACACGUCCUCGGACACAACCUGACCGACGCCCUGGCGCCCAUCGCCAAGUCCGUCUCUAAUGUCGUUGGACAAACUAUCCCUGCAGUCUCGCUCGGCGAUGGCCGCAUUGUCAUAGACCUUCCCAACACGGACGUCGAGAGGGACGACUCCGCCCGCAGCUGCACAACGCCCGUGGGGGAGGCCGGCCUCUGCAAGGACCUCAGCGACUGCCCGGACCUCAUCCUCGACCUCACGAACUUGCGCAAGUCCGUCUGCUUCAAGAGCCUCUUCGUCCCUGGUGUCUGCUGUCCUAUCAAGGACCUGGACCCGAACAGCGUGCACAGCCCGUCCUCCGUGACCAGCCGCCCGCGCCCCACCAGCCGCCCCCGGCCUGUCACACUCCCGCCUCAGCCGCCUCGGCCACUGCCUCCUGUGCCUGGAACCUCGCCUCGCCCCGUUCCCAUACAGCCUGUCGCAGAGGUCGCGCGGCCCAACUUUGAGUGCGGGCAGCCGAAGAUCCCGACCUUCCGUGUGGUUGGCGGCGACGAGUCCCGGAGAGGCCAGUGGCCCUGGAUCGCCGCCGUCUGGUUGCACGGACCCAAGAAGACGGUGUUCUGGUGCGGAGGAUCUCUCAUCUCGAAGCAGUACGUCCUCACCGCCGCUCACUGCACCAAGGACACGCGGGGGAAGACAUUUGAUGCCCAGCAGUUCAGCGUGCGCCUUGGAGACCACAACAUCUUCAGUGAGAGUGACGACUUCAUUUCCAACCCACAAACAUACAGGGUCCUGUCCAUCCGGCCUCACCCCGAAUUCAUCUCUCACGGCUUCUACAACGACGUGGCGCUCCUGAAGCUCGACCGGCCCGUCGACUUCACAGAAUACAUCCUGCCGGUGUGCCUCCCCCCGGCGGACAUGGCGCGGCAGCCCCUGGACCACAUGGUUGGCCAGACGCCCUCGGUCAUCGGCUGGGGAUCCACGGUUUACGGUGGCCACGAGAGUGCGGUCUUGCGCGAGGUCCAGGUCCCGGUCUGGAAGAACAGCGACUGCGACGAAGCUUACACACAGCCCAUCACCAGCGCCUUCAUCUGCGCCGGCUUCACGGAGGGCGGUCGCGAUGCCUGCCAGGGUGACAGCGGCGGCCCUCUGCAGCUCUAUAUCAAUGGAAACUGGAUUCAGAUUGGCAUCGUUUCGUUUGCCAUUCGCUGCGCAGAGCCAGGCCAUCCGGGUGUCUACACAAGACUUACAGAAUUCUUGCCUUGGAUCCACUCAAACAUGAUAUAAGGGUACUGCUAUGCUGUGCGUGGCAGAUCACUGUGAUACCAGUAUGUAGAAAUGAACAGGCCUCAUAGUCAGCAUAUGCAGCAAGACUUACGUUUGCUAUGUUCACUUGUAAUCUAAGGUCUGGAACUACUUCUUUGUAAUAAGUUUAAGGUAUGCCUAUUGUUGUAGUGUUUACACAUGAACAAAUGUUAUUUAUUUUUUCUGUUAGUAUAAAAUAACAAGAAAAUAAACAUUCUCAAUUUCUCUAGUUUUGAUAUUGUUGUGAUUUCUAUUUCUGUAGCACUUUAGAAACCUGUUAAUAUUAAGUAAUUAUAAGAUAGUAUCCGCAAUCAUAUAUUUGACACCGUAUUGUGCAUUUUCAUCAGAAUAAUUCCAUUCAAUUCAUAUUAUAUCACUCAUUGGUCAUUGCUAUGUUGCACAUGCUAUUGACUUUUUACUAAAUGCAAUAAUAGCCUUCUUACCAUCUCUCCACCCCCCCCCCUACGUGUAAUGCCUGUCAACUUUUCAUUGUUAUUACCUACUUUUCUUGAAGAUGACAAUGCUCCACAAAAAUAACUAAUUCUGCUGGACAGAUCCAUCUUUUUGUAAAUGUAUGUAUAUAUGUUACAUCAUUAAAGAACAAAUGCCAUAUGACUUA